AUGGAGGAUUAUGAAAGAAUAAAUGGACAACUGUUUGUUGGAAUGAUUCCGAAUGAAAUAUCCAUUUCGAGUAUGCUGAAAAAGGCAGAGAGAAGAGAAGUUGAGCUAUUGAAGAUUGAUAUUGAAGGAGGGGAGCAUGAGGGUCUAGAGCCAUUCAUCAGGGAGUAUCGAGUUUGUCAGAUAUUCAUAGAAGUCCAUGGAACCCCAUCUGAACAUCUGAGAAUGCUGCAAACCAUGGCAAAAUACAACUUCCGAAUCUUCAACGUGGAACCCAAUCCAUACUGUGUAAAUUGUUGUGAAUACAGUCUGAUUCAGGACAGUUGUAUGGAUCAAUAUGGAGUGUAUCCGUUGGUUCCGAUUGUGCCGAAAGUUGAAUUUUAG